CACCGUCAUUUUUUUUAUUGCUUUAAACUCCAGCCGCAUUUCUAAUUGAUUUUCUUCUUUUUCUCACCACAUUUUCAUCACAGGCCCAGCAGAGAAACAGACCAUGCCACUUUUUGAUAAAAUUAUUGGCAAAGCUAAACAUGUUGGGCAUCAUGGAACGGCGUCGGCGAAAGCCGAGGAACCUUCCUUGACCAUCAGCCAACCUAUGCCUGCAUCGAAAAACGACGCGACUAUCACAGGCAUGAACACUGGACUUCAAACGACGCCUCACACCCCAGGAUCAGCCGAUAAAAAUCCAACCACAUACAACUCGUAUCCUCAACAGCAACAGCCACCAUCUCAACUGACGCCACCGCAACCACAGCAAACGCAAACGCAAACGCAACCACAGCCACAGACACCACAACCACAGCAACAACCUUCUGCGCUGCCAAAAAUGAACGAGCCAACGGUAACGAAUCCGUCGGCCAACUAUACAGCCGGAUAUGCAACCCCCCGACAAUCGGUGGAAAACAAGCGUCCGCAAUAUAUGGAUAUCGACCCACCUUCUCAAUUUUUACAAACAAAGCUUGGCUAUCGAGACAAUCAUGAUCCCAAAGCUGUUAGCUCGAGAGCGAGCGGCAUUACGACAGCAAUACCUUCAAUAUGAUCAUCAAAUCUUGUCGCAGCGUAAAAAUAAGCCCAAGUUGAAGCUGGACGAUUUCCAUUUACUGCGUACGCUGGGCACGGGAUCGUUUGGGCGUGUGCAUUUGGCUCAAUCGCGACACAAUGGUCGUUACUAUGCGAUUAAAGUUCUCCGAAAAUCGGAAGUCGUACGAUUGAAGCAAGUAGAACACACCAACAACGAAAAACACAUUCUUGAAUCCGUAGCUAAUCCUUUCCUGGUCAACAUUUGGGGCACUUUUCAAGAUGACGCAUGUUUGUACAUGGUGAUGGAUUACGUGCCUGGUGGUGAACUGUUCACGGUAUUGCGAAAAUGGAAGCGAUUUCCGGAUCGUGCUGCUAAAUUCUAUGCGGCCGAAGUGACGCUCGCCAUCGAAUAUCUUCAUGCAAAGGAUAUCGUUUAUCGGGACCUUAAACCCGAAAAUCUACUGUUGGACAAACAAGGCCAUAUUAAAAUUACCGAUUUUGGCUUUACGAAAUUUGUCCCAGAUAUUACAUGGACACUGUGCGGUACACCCGAUUAUCUUGCUCCUGAAGUCAUUCAAUCCAAAGGAUACAGCAAGGCGGUCGAUUGGUGGAGUUUGGGCAUUCUGAUAUUUGAAAUGCUUGCAGGAUAUCCUCCGUUUUACGAUGAAGAUCACAUCAAAUUGUACGAAAAGAUUUUGGCCGGUCGCAUUCACUGGCCUUCGUACUUUGAUCCGCGAGCCAAGGAUUUACUGAAACGUCUGUUGACACCUGAUUUGUCGCGACGAUUUGGUAACCUGAGAAACGGAGCCGAGGACAUUAAGCGUCACCCUUGGUUUGAAGAGAUUGAUUGGGAUAGUAUUGCCCUUCGUAUGACCCGACCACCGUACGUCCCGCCCAUUGAACGAGAAGGCGAUGCUAGUCAAUACGACCGAUACGAAGAAAACCGCGAACCGUAUGGUCUCCCUGGCCCAGAUCCCUACAGAGUCCACUUUCCCGAUUUCUAGACCAUCCUAAACACCCAACAAAAUCAGCAAAAAACAACCAAAACAAAGAAAAAAGAUCAUAAAUAAACAAUAAACCAUUUUUUGAUACAAAGU